CACGUAAGCUAGCGCGCGCUACAACAACAUGGUUCGAGGCGGUCAUGCAAAUAGAGCAGUCAAACGUGCGAAGGUUUUCGCACUCGCUAAGGGUUUUCGAGGUCGGGCAAAGAAUUGCUACAGUAUCUCAGUGAGACGCGUACAGAAAGCACUGCAGUAUCAGUAUAUCAGCAGAAGACUGAAGAAGCGCGAUAUGAGACAGCUGUGGAUCACAAGGAUCAAUCAGGGCGUGCAGGAGCAUGGCAUUAGAUACUCAUCAUUCAUGAGACAUAUGGUGGAAUGCAAUGUACAGUUGAAUAGGAAGGUGCUGUCUGAACUGGCAAUACAUGAGCCCAAGUCGUUUCAAGCACUUGCCGACAUUUCGAGAAGUCGAUUGAAAGACGGACUGUUAGCUGCAUUGCACUGAUGUGUAGUGAUGUGUACUGAUGUGUACACAUGUACUGAUGAGUAGAGACUAUGUACAUGUGUGUAGUUUGGUGUCACUAUGUAUAGGAUUGUGGAAAUUUUAAGAGUGUGACAGUGUAG